UAAUAGUACACACAAACAUAAGAAACAUAAAAAACCACAUAAAAAACUAUAAAAAUAAAAAACAAAGCACAAAAAAUAAAAAAAGAAUAUAGUUGAUAAAAAAAAAACAAAAUAAAGUUCUGUCAACCACACUAUGGAGUACACAAACCAUCCGCAGUACGAUGAAAAAUUUCUUAAGGAACCGUCAAAAGUGGUAGAUGCUAUACAAUUUCUCGAUAUUAUGGCGGAUGCCAACAAAAUGGAAGACACACGAGAUGGCAAGAAAAAGCAGGCGAAGCCCGUUGUGGAUCACAGUGCAGAAGUUACGGAUAACAACUUUUUCAUCUCUCAACGUUCGCUAUCCGGACGUAUGUCGGUUAAGAGAUCGAAGGCAAGGAUCAAGUUCACGACAAAUACCAAUCAAUUCACAUUCAUGCGGCAAUUCGAUCAAAGUACUGAGGAGCGCGUCCAGUCGCGCCUUGAGCGUGAACGGAUAGCCAACAGUUUCCGCAGACAGGGCAACUGGGCAUAUCGCCGAGAACAGUUCAACACAGCCAUUGAUUUUUACAACAAGGGCUUGGAGAAUAUUUGCGAUACGCCCGUUCUAUAUAUAAAUCGCGCCUGUUGCUAUCUCAAACUACGCUCCUUCAAACGCGCCAUUAUGGAUUGUGACUAUAUAUUAAAUAAACUGGAUCCAAAAUAUAUGCGCGCCUGGCUCUAUCGGGCUGCCGCCUUUAAGCGCCUCAACGAUGAGAAAAAUUAUGAAGAAUGCGUUCACCAGGUGAAGCGUCUGAACACGAAGGAAAUGCAGUUUAUCGAUAGCUUUUUGGAAAAGAUGCGCACCUUGUAAACGCGCUUUUGGUGUAAAUAUUUUAAUUGUAAAUUAUUGGUAUUACAAAGUUCUAGAAACCUAAAUUAUAGUUAAAAUACACGCAUCUGACCAGGUUCUAUUAGAAAUUUGCAACAUUUAAA